ACACCCUCUCCCUAUCCAUAAACCCUUCCACCACACUACUCCAAACCACCGUAUCCAUGGCGGCGACAACUGCGGUGGCAAUCGGACGAUCACUCCUGACCUUCCGAUCGGCAUCUCCAUCUUCAUACUUUAUCAUUUCCAAGCGUCUUUUUUCCUCUUCAUCUUCCAUAGCUAGAGCUCCUCCUCUACCCGGAUUCCGGCGACCCGUCCGGUCGGCAGCAUGUCUUUCACACUCUCUCCAAGUGGCCGCACCAGGCGCUGUGCGUCUGAACCCUAUCCGGUGCCGUGUGAACCGCUCUGGAGGUGCGUACUCUCCGCUUAACUCCGGUUCGAACUUCAGUGAUCGACCACCGACGGAGAUGGCGCCGUUGUUUCCUGGAUGUGAUUACGAGCAUUGGUUGAUCGUUAUGGAUAAGCCUGGUGGUGAAGGCGCCACUAAGCAACAGAUGAUUGACUGUUACGUUGAAACCUUAGCUAAAGUUCUAGGAAGUGAGGAAGAAGCAAAGAAGAAGAUUUAUAAUGUUUCUUGUGAGAGGUACUUUGGGUUUGGCUGCGAGAUUGAUGAAGAGACAUCAAAUAAGCUUGAAGGACUCCCUGGUGUUCUCUUUGUGCUACCAGAUUCAUAUGUGGAUGCAGAAAACAAAGAUUAUGGAGCUGAGCUGUAUGUGAACGGAGAGAUCGUUCAGAGAUCACCUGAAAGGCAAAGGAGGGUGGAACCAGUUCCACAAAGAGUGCAAGACAGACCCAGAUACAAUGACCGAACCCGUUAUGUUAGGCGUCGUGAAAAUAGCCGGUAAUCAUGAUUAAUAUCCAAAGUAUGUAAUAAGCAACUUAAAAUCUCUAUAUCGCCGGUAAUGGAUUGAUUGGCUAUCGUUGAAGUAGUUGGUAUCUUGGGUGUAAUCGUUGUCUCUCAAGUGAAUGAAAGAAUGUUGCUUUUUCAAAGCCUCUUUCGGGUAAUCAAUAGUUUUUCAUUCCUUCUGGAAGGAAAAAUUACAUGUAGUCACGUGUAAAAUAGUACCAACGAACGAGGCUCACGUGUUUUGCAGUAUGUUUGUGCUGAAUUUGUUUGAAUGCUAAUUUGAAGUGCUGAAACUAA